GUUGAAAUUUUCUCCUUGUAUACUCUGCUAAAAGAAUCAAUUUACUGUCACAAUGUCGGGUACUAAGAUCUGGCUCCGCGCUGAAACCAAGCCUGCUGAGGCGCGAUCUGCCCUCACGCCCACAACUUGCAAGGCGCUCUUAGAUGCUGGAUAUCAGGUGACUAUUGAACGUUCCAAGCAGCGUAUUUUUGAAGACGAGGAAUUCUCCGCGGUCGGAGCGCCAUUGGUUGAGGAAGGCUCCUGGGCGAAGGAUGCUCCCAAGGAUGCCUACGUUUUGGGUCUGAAAGAGUUGCCGGAGGAUGACUUUCCCCUUGAGCACGUUCAUAUAACGUUCGCGCACUGUUAUAAGCAGCAAGGUGGCUGGGAGAAGGUUCUUAGCCGCUGGCCCCGCGGAGGUGGUACUCUUCUGGAUCUUGAGUUCCUUACUGAUGAUACUGGGCGGAGAGUGGCCGCUUUUGGCUUUUCUGCUGGAUAUGCAGGAUCCGCUUUGGCUGUCAAGAACUGGGCGUGGCAGUUAACCCAUCCUGAAGGCGAGCUGCUACAUGCCGAGACACCUUACGCCAAUCAGGAUCUCUUGAUCGAGUCCGUCAAGGAAUCUUUGGAGGCUGGGAAGAAGAAGGCUGGCCGGUCACCCAAGAUCCUUGUCAUCGGAGCUCUUGGACGGUGUGGCAAGGGAGCUGUGCAACUGGCCAAGGAUGUCGGGAUCCCAGAAUCGGAUAUUAUUCAGUGGGAUAUCGAGGAGACUAAGAAAGGAGGUCCCUUCAGGGAGAUCGUCGAAGAUGCAGAUAUCUUUGUGAACUGCAUUUACCUCUCUGCCAAGAUCCCUCCUUUCGUGAAUGACGAGAUACUUUCUUCCCCCAAGAGACGUCUCACUGUCAUCUGUGAUGUCAGCGCUGACACUACGAAUCCUCACAAUCCCAUUCCUGUGUACGCCAUUACCACAACCUUCGACAAGCCGACAGUGCCAGUCAAGUUGCCUGCCUCGAGCACUAAGGAUCCCUUGAGCGUAAUCAGCAUUGACCAUCUCCCAUCUCUUCUUCCCCGGGAAAGCUCGGAGAUGUUCAGCACGGCGUUGCUACCCAGCCUUUUACAGUUGAAGGACCGAUCCAACGCUCGUGUGUGGACGCAAGCGGAGGAGCUGUUCAAGGAGAAGGUUGCUACGUUGCCGGAAUCACUGCGUACCUGAUUUGGCUUUCUGGAAGGGCGUGAACGCGGAUGUGUUCUCAUCGGGGAUAUCCAAGAUCAUCGAACGCAUUCAGUCUCAUAAUGUCGACUCAAAAAUAGUAAAGUAAAUUUUCUCUUUGGCUUGAAACUGUCUCCCUGCAAGCUUCGUAUGUGGGCUUAGCUUCAAACUGGCCCCUUUUUCCAUGACUUUUGCUGGAACCUGCUAUGGGUAGAAGUGAUGUAACGACGGAAUAGCCAGGAUGACUGCACCUGUGUAACCGUAUCGCCGAAUAUUAAUUUUAGUGGAUAUGAUACACUGUAUCUCCC